CCAUGCAUAAACUCUUUAAUGAGGCCAAGUUAGUGCACGGUGUUUUGAGUGAAUACAAUAUCUAAUGGCAUAACGGCAAAUGUUGGUUUAUUGAUGUGGUUCAAUCCGUGGAGACCCAUCUUCCCAAUGCUUUAGAAUUUUUAAUGCGAGAUUGCAACAAUAUUAUAACGUUUUUUGCGAGAAAAGGUGUACACAACCACUCCAAAGAACAAUUAUUUGAAUACAACACUUCAUUAAGUGCUGAAAAUCUUAACGUUGCUCUCUUGGAGCGAAUGCACACUAAAGGCGCCAAUGUAUGUUUGGCUGCGGUUCCAAAUCGGGACGAGUGCCCUUUGGAACGGGAACCGUUGGAAUACUUGUUCGACUUAGUCUGGGAAAAUGCAGUUCAAAGCAAGCUGGAAAUUCCGAUUAUUGACCACGCCGCCAACGUUUUAAAUGUUAUACAACCGGCGGAUUGUCGUAUUCAAGCAUCAUUGAAUGAAGUUUUCAAUGAGUCGUCUGUUACUGCUUCUGCAGUUAAUACCCUAUCUAACACUGCCAACAUUUAAAUGUUUUUGAGGAUUUUGGAAAAAAAAUUGUAGAAACACUUUUUAUAUAUAAAAAGAAAUACGCACU